CUAUUGAAAAAUUAGAGUUGUGAAACAGUACAUGUCAACGGAUCAUCUCCAACAAACUCGGUUUCAGCUCGGUAUGUUAGGAAUUUUUGUUUGCUCAAUCCAGAAACGAAACAGGUCAACGAGUUAAGGAGAGAGAGACAGAAGAAGUUUUGUUAUCUAUCGAAGAAUCGAAAAGGGAAGACAACUGCAGAAAGAGAGGGGGGGAAAUGGCGGCAUCUUACACAUCAUCCUCAUCCGUAGCCGCAGCAGCAUCAGCUGUUUGCAGGCCCCGUCUCGCGACAACAAGGAAGAAUAGCUUAAACAAUCUUCUCCCUCGACGACGCUUUUCAACUCCAUCGUUGUCUACUAAGAUUUCUUUCAAACAUUUCUCAUCAGACUCACGAAGUUUGUCUAAACCUCGUAUCCGUGCUUCCUCCGAGGAAGAAACAUCUAGUUCUUUUGAAGUUACUGAAAUAAUCACAGGCUUGAAGGAGAAGUGGGAUUCGCUUGAAAACAAAUCUGCUGUAUUUCUGUAUGGAGGUGGGGCAGUAGUUGGGCUUUGGCUAUCUUCGGUUGUUGUUGGUGCCAUCAACUCCCUUCCUUUACUUCCUAAAAUGAUGGAGUUAGUUGGGCUCGGAUACACUGGAUGGUUUAUUUACCGAUACCUAUUAUUCAAGUCGAGCAGAAAAGAACUAGCCACCGAUAUCGAGGAAUGGAAGAAAAAAAUUUCAGGAAGUGAUGAAUAGAUUUCAGGAAGUGAUGAAAAAGAUUUCAACUUAUGUUUACCUUAAAUCAAUGAUUAGGGGAUUUACCUCUAGAUUUUGUUGUAUAUAAUAAGUGCAAGCUGGACUAUAAACUAAGAAACACUUGCUUUCUUUACUCUGUUUGCUGCUUUACCCAUAACCAGUAUGAGCGAACUUCCUGGGUUUGGAUACAGCCGUUGUUGUGACAAACGAAUUUAGUUGUGGUAUGGUACAAAUAUUUCCUCCUAAGAAUUUCCAUUCAUUAUUCUCA